AUGGAAAAGAUCAAGAGCUUUAUAGGCCAAAAGGAAAAGGACGACUUUUCUGAAACCAAAAGGGUUUCCACUGAUGAAGGGGACAACCUUGUUGUUAACCCAAUUUUAUCUAUCGCCAAAUCGCAAGAAUUCGACCCUGUCACUUCUCGUCUUGAAAAGGAAAUCUUGGAAGAUGAGUAUACUGCUAUUCACGUUGAAGACGAUUCCCCAUACCCAGAAGUUAGAGCUUCUGUGCCAUCUACCGAUGACUGGGAACUCCCUCAAAACACAAUUAGAAUGUGGACCAUCGGUAUGAUUUUGACUAUGAUUGGUUGUGGUAUGAAUACCUACUUCUCUUUGCAUAGUCCUUCAUUCUCCAUUACCAUGUACGUCACUUCUAUCUUGGCUUGGCCAAUCGGUAAGGCAUGGCACGCAUGUUUACCAAAUAUCCUGAUCUUUGGUGCUCCAUUAAAUCCAGGUCCUUUCAACUUGAAGGAACACGCCUUGAUCUCAAUUAUGGCCAACGUUAACUUCGCUGGUGGUGCUGCUUAUGCCACUGAUAUCUUGUUAGCCCAAAACAGAUACUACAAGGUCGAUUACGGUUGGGGUUUUGACAUUUUGUUAAUCUUGUGUACCCAAUGUAUUGGUUUUGGUUUAGCUGGUGUCACUAAGAAGGUUCUUGUUGACUCACCAUCUAUGAUUUGGCCACAGGACUUGGUUGCUACUACUUUCUUGACCAAUAUGCAUAUUAAUGAGAAUCACCCUGCUAACGGCUGGAGAAUCUCAAGAUUGAUGUUUUUCUCUGUGGUCUUCUCAUCUGCAUUCGUUUGGUAUUGGUUCCCAGGUUUUAUUUUCCAAGCUUUGUCGUACUUCGCUUGGCCAACAUGGAUUGCACCAAAUAACAUUGUCGUUAACCAAGUAUUCGGUGCUUCUCAAGGUCUUGGUAUAAUCCCAUUAACAUUCGAUUGGAAUCAAAUUGCUGGUUACAUUGGUUCUCCAUUGAUUCCACCUGCAUCUACUAUCGCAUCUAUUUUGUUUGCCAUGGUCACUAUUUACUGGAUUAUUACCCCAGCAUUAUACUAUACUAACACUUGGUAUGGUAAAUACUUACCAAUCUCAUCAAGUACCUCUUACGACAGAUACCAGGCAAGUUACAAUGUCACUAAGAUUGUUAAACCAGGUACUUUGUCUUUUGACCCAGAAGGAUACAAGGAAUACUCUCCGUUAUUCUUGUCCACCACUUUCGCUAUUUCGUACGGUUUAUCUUUUGCUUCCAUCUUAGCUACCUUAAUUCACACUGGUCUCUUCCACGGUAAAGAUAUCAUAAAGCAAUUGAAACAACAAGAGAAGAGAGAUGUGCACAACAGAUUAAUGGAAAGAUACAAGCCAGUGCCAGAAUGGUGGUACAUCAUUGUCUUUGUGAUCUUCUUUGCCAUGGCUAUUGCAACUAUCGAAGCCUGGGACACCGAAUUCCCAGUCUGGGGUCUUAUUGUUGCCCUUUUAAUUGCCAUUGUUUUCUUAUUACCAGUCGGUGUGAUCUUCGCUUUGACCAACAUUGCAGUUGGUUUAAACGUUGUUACUGAAUUCAUUGUCGGUUACAUGAUUCCAGGAAAGGGUAUGGCUAUGAUGUUGUUCAAGACAUUUGGUUACAUUACCAACUCCCAGGCUAUCUACUUCGUUCAAGACAUGAAAUUAGGUCACUAUAUGAAAUUAAAACCAAGAGUUUUAUUCUCUGCCCAAAUGAUUGCCACUAUUUGGGGUUGUAUUGUUCAAAUUGCCGUUUUGAGAUGGUCCUACGGUAACAUUGAAGGCUUGUGUGAUGCUGAUCAACCAAACAACUUUACUUGUCCAAACGGUAAGGUUUUCUUCACUGCCUCGAUUAUUUGGGGUGUCAUUGGUCCAGGUAGAAUCUUCUCCCAUGGUCAAAUAUAUUACGGAUUAUUAUUCUUCUUCAUUAUUGGAGCCGUUUGCCCAAUUGCAAAUUGGUUAAUCUUGAAAAAAUGGCCAAACUCUCCAGUUAGAUGGUUGAACUGGCCUGUCUUUUUCUCGGGUACUGCUUACAUUCCUCCAGCUACCCCAUACAACUAUGGUGCUUAUUGUUUAACUGGUUUAAUGUUCGGUUACGUUAUUAAGAGGAAAUUCUUCCAUUGGUGGACUAAGUACAACUAUUCCUUAUCCGCAGGUCUUGAUAUUGGUUUAGCUUGGUCUUCAUUGAUCAUUUUCUUGGCUAUGAACACAAGUAGUACCCACUACAUGAAGACUCCAAAGUGGUGGGGUAACGAUGUUAUCAGUAGUACCCUUGAAGGUGCAGGUGUUGCUUACUACCACACUCUUGAAGAUGGUCAAUCUUUCGGUCCAUCGUCUUGGUAA